AAACGAGAAGCUAUUAAAGAAUCCCGAAUUAUACAAUGAAAUGAAAAUGAAUGAACCUGAAAGAUAUCACAGACGUGUUCAAUGCGGGAAAAUAAAAAAGAUACAAGAGUUCAGUGACAGAUCCAAGAGGAAACAGAGAAAGAUAUGGAGAGAGAAGAAAAUAAAAAGCCGUCUAAAUAAAAAAAGACAAGAAGAACAUUUCCAAGCGAUUACGGAAAAUACUCCACCUGGGACUCCUCAGCCAAGAGUUUAUUUACAAAAUAAUGAAAUUCUCGGAGAUGCUCAGUCAUCUCACCAAAAACAAAGUGGUCUGAGAAGGGCUCGCAAAAACAGAAAACAAUUAAAACAAUGCAUACAUAAAUUAAAGAAAAAAGUUGAAAACCUCACUAGAAGCAACGCCACUUACCGAGUACGACUAAGUAGGUUAAAAGAAAAACAGAAAAAUAAUUUAUCUAAUACACCACGUAAAAGAGUUAAUAAUUUAUUAGAUGGACAACAUGUUAAUGAAAAAAUUCGAGAACAAAUUCUUUUUGCAGAAGUAUUAACAAAACAAUUAACCGACAAUUUUAAAAAAAUCAAAUCAAGAAAAGGAAAAAAUGAAUUUGCUUUGAGUAUAACAGGAAAUCUGAUGAAAAAGUAUCGAUUUAAAAAUGUAGUCAGUUCUAUAUUAUCAAGAAAAUUUGUAAAUAAAACACAUUGUAUAUCUAAUAGAAGAAAAAAAUUAUUAACGGAAAAGUAUAAGCUGGUGAAGGAGUUUCUGGAGAGAGAUGAAAUAAGUCGUUUGUGUCCAGGAAAAAAUGAUGUAAUUACAAAAAACAAAAUCAAAAAACAAAAAAGGUUACUGACCGAUUCGAUAAAAAACACAUACAAAAUGUUCAGAUUUGCUUAUCCUCAUACGAAGAUAAGUUACUCUUUGUUUUGUAAACUAAGACCAUUUUAUGUUCUUUCUCCAAAUGCCAAGUCCCGAGAAACAUGUUUAUGCGUUAUUCACGAAAAUGUGUUACUGCUUGUGAGCAAAAUGAAGCUUUUAAAAAUCAUAAACGAAAAUUCCUCUAGUGAAAUAGUGAACUCGCUCUGUUGUAGAGAUCAAACAGAGCUCUGUAGUGAAAGAAGUUGCGCAGCUUGCAAAGAGAAAACCAUAGUAACCAAUGAGUUUAAUUCUGAUGAUAUUACGUCAUAUAAAAAGUGGGAGACAGCAAAAGUAACUCUUUUAAUUAAAGGUGUAGAAAAGCAAUGCCAAAAAACAAUAAAAAAGCAGAUAACUUGUACAAAACGAGAACUAGUUGUUGUUUUGGAAAAUUCAAUAACCAAAUUUAUGGCUCACACAAAUAAUAUUAAGCAUCAGUAUCAUGCAAUCUCUGAAAUAAAACAAAAUCUCAAGUUUGCAGACGUAUUAAUACCUACACCUUGA